AUUCCCAAAUGUGAUCGGUGUCAUAGAUGGGACUCAUGUACAGAUCCAGGCACCAUCUAUUGAUGAACCCAUGUACGUGAACAGAAUGGGUUACCAUUCCAUCAACACACAGAUUGUGUUUGAUCAUAAUGACAUGAUAAUGGACGUUGUCGCCAGAUGGCCAGGAAGUACCCACGAUAGCAGGAUCCUUAGAGGAAGUGGGCUGUGGCAAGUUUUCGAUAGAAACCUGCUUCCACAGAAUGACCACUUUCUUCUGGGCGAUAGUGGGUAUCCCUGCAAACGCUGGCCGUUGACGCCUUAUGUGAGACCAGCUAAUAACGCUCAGGAAGCGUAUAACAGGGCACACAAGUUGACAAGGAGCAAGGUUGAACGGGGCAUAGGACAGCUGAAACGCAGAUGGGGAAUUCUGCAUGGAGAAGUUAGACUUGCUCCAGAAAAAACGUGCAAGGUGAUCAUUGCAUGUGCAGUUUUGCACAACAUCUGCAAGCUGCAUGGUGUGCCAGAUGUUGAUGAUCUGCCGGAAGAUCCUGUGCGCAAUGACGGGAUUCAUGUUGGUCCAGAAGAUGGACUUCGCUUUCGUGAUAUUAUAUGCGAACAGUAUUUUAGAUUGUAAAUUACGGGGGAUAUAGACAAAACAAGUCUUAAAAAUGUGUGUUCAUUUACAUCUAAUAAAGACAAAACAAGUCUUAAAAAUGUGUGUUCAUUUACAUCUGAUAAAGACAAAACAAGUCUUAAAAAUGUGUGUUCAUUUACAUCUGAUAAAGACAAAACAAGUCUUAAAAAUGUGUGUUCAUUUACAUCUGAUAAAGACAAAACAAGUCUUAAAUAUGUG